GGCUUCAUCCCCUGCGAGGGUGGCACCUACCAGGACGAGGAGGGCCAGGACAGCUGCAAGCCGUGCCCGCCCGGCCACCAGUGCCCCGCCGGCUCGGUGGCCGCCAAGAAAUGUGCCCCCGGCUUCUACGCGGACGCACGGCAGCCCUUCUGCAAGGAGUGCGCCAAGGGGACAUACCAGGACAAGGAGGGGCAGCGCGCCUGCAGGCCCUGCCCCGCCGGC